GAAGGCACGGAGAUUUCGCGAAGCCCCGCCUUCUUUCUUUUUGGCCUCCGACGCCAUUUUGCGGGUACCCGCAGGAGUUUAGCUGCUCCCCUUUUUCGUCGGCUCCGUGAUCAGUCAAGAUGACAAAUACAAAGGGAAAGAGGAGAGGGACACGUUAUAUGUUCUCAAGACCUUUUCGCAAACAUGGUGUUGUCCCUCUUGCUACCUACAUGCGUAUCUAUAAGAAGGGUGAUAUCGUUGACAUUAAGGGCACAGGAACAGUUCAAAAAGGCAUGCCCCACAAAUGUUAUCAUGGCAAGACAGGAAGAGUAUACAACAUUACUCAGCAUGCUGUGGGCAUUAUUGUGAACAAGAAGGUUAAAGGCAAGAUCCUUGCUAAGAGAAUCAAUGUGCGUAUUGAACAUAUUAAGCAUUCUAAGAGCAGAGACAGUUUUUUGCAGCGUGUGAAGGAAAAUGAAAGGAAGAAAAAGGAAGCAAAGGAAAAGGGCACUUGGUUUGAGUUAAAACGCCAGCCUGCUCCUCCAAGAGAAGCUCACUUUGUUAGAACCAAUGGCAAAGAGCCAGAGUUGCUGGAACCAAUUCCUUAUGAAUUCAUGGCAUAGUAUGUGAACAAAAUAAAAUACCUUGUAAGAGGAUUGAAAUACA